AUGCGUGAGGAAACCGAACUACGACGACUGCUGGAUGAUGGCAUUUUGAGUCCAGUAUCUCACAGUGAUUGGGCAACUCCAAUCGUCCCAGUGAUCAAGAGUGGUGGAGGGAUUAGAAUAUGUGGUGAUUUUAAGAUCACACUCAACCCAGUCUUGCAUGUAGAUCAAUAUCCACUACCAAGAAUUGAUGAAUUAUUUAGUAAGUUAAGAGGGGGAUUGGAGUUUACACAAAUUGAUUUAUCAAAUGCUUAUCAACAAGUUAAACUUAAUCCAGAGUCAAAAUUAUUAACAACUAUUAAUACUCACAAGGGGUUAUUUGUUUAUAAUAGACUUCCAUUUGGCAUUGCAAAUGCUCCUGCUAUUUUUCAGGGCAUUAUGGAAAAAAUAUUGUCAGGCAUAGAAGGGGUGGCUUGUUUUAUUGACGACAUUUUAAUAAUAGGAGAAACUAGAGAAAAGCACAUAAAUAGAGUAAAUAAGGUUUUAAAAAGACUUGAAAACAAUGGGUUGACAAUUUCUAUAAAUAAAUGUAAUUUUUUCAAAGAGUCUGUAACUUAUUUAGGGUAUAAAAUUGAUAAACAUGGGUUACAUAUAUGUGAAGAUAAAAUAAAGGCCAUUUUGGAAGCUCCAAUUCCUCAAGAUGUAAAACAGACAAUUAUCCACUCAGCUCGGGACAAAUUGAUAUCUAUGCUUGGCUUAUCAUUAGGAUUAAAGAUGGCCGAUACGCUCGAGUUGGCCCACCAGAGCAAUCACGGUCGCGGAAACAAAGUAGCUGAAUGCGAAAUGUAUUCCGCGUUGAGUUUUGCUGCUCGUUUAGUGAUUGGAUUAAUAAUAGUAGAAUUACCAUAA